CAGUCAGCUUUGAGACGCAGCAGCCACAGCAGCCGCAGCAGGAACUGCUGCAGGUUUUCAGCGGUCGGGCCAACCAGGAUAAUCAGGAAUAGAGAAUUUUCCGAACAGGAUGCGGAGUCGCACGGAACUGGUGACCACCACUUUCGAGGAGAGCGACGAGGACGACUUCAGUCCGGACGAUGACUCCGACUCCGAGGAGGACUGGCGGCCCACCAAGAAGCGUCCGGCGAAGCCAUCUGGCUCCGAUGGCGGCAGGAAGCGGAAAUCGGCGGCCGCCACCGCCUCGAAGGCCAAGCGCCGCAUGGCCAAGGUGAGCGACGAGGAGUCCGACGAGGAGGAUGACCUAGAAACGGAUCCCAGCGACGACGACUUCGACUUUCCCUCGGCGAGCACAUCAAAGAGGCCCCAGAGUCUGCCGCCCAAGAAGCAAUUCGUCAAGUUAAAUCAACUGGAUUUGCUGGUAAAAAAGUCUGAUCUCUUGGAAAACGACUGGCUGAAGAACAAUCGCCUGUGUCUGUGGCGUAAGGAUAAGCAGACGAAUCUGCUCCAGAAGUAUUUGCGGAUGAAGUCGGCUGCCGAGGAGGAGGAACUGCUCUUCACCUCCAGUUCGGUGUAUUCCAGUUGGGAUGAUCAGCAGACGAGUGAUUUUAUAGAGGUCAAGGUGAACUGCUUGGAUCCCAACAACAGACGCAUUAAACUACACGAUCUGGGGGCGCUUAAGAAAAUCUCCGAGGAGCUGCAAUCAGAGAGGGGAAAAUCCCCAACAUCGGACAAAGAAGACGCGUCAGAAGCGGAGGAGGACAAGCCAGACGAAGCUGAUUCUUAAAUCACUAUUAACUAUACACAGAACUAACAUUUUCUUUAGCAAUUAAAACUAGUUGGCCAAGUUAGCGUUAAACAAACAAUUUCCUUAUAACAACAGCUAUGUGAAGACACUUUAAAUUUAAUUUAGUAAAUUAAAGGAGCCUGAAACAAACAGAAAUCAAAAGAAAACGCAAAACAUUUGAAAAAUAUACACUUUCAAUUUU